AUGGGCAGCGUUCCUAACAAUUUAACAGGUGGAGAACUAGAGCAACUGGAGGCUGCCUCUAUGCAUACUAGCUGCAUUCAUCAAGCUGAAUUGUCGGCGGAUGGAACAUGCGUCUUCACCUCUGACUACAACCGCACGCUCUCCGUCUAUAGGGUGCCAGAGGAAGGAGAAAAAGACCUCCUAGUUCCGUGCUCAUCGCUUACCAGCUCUGAGCCUAUCUGGGCCUUUACUGGAUACUCUAGCUUCAACGCAGCCAACGCAUUGUCGUCAUUGGUCCUCAUCAGCACCCGCAACAACUUCGUCAGCCUCCACAACGCACUGUACUCCUACUCCUCCUCAGAUACAGAUGGAGGUCCGGAAGCCGCAAGCUCAAACUCCCCACUGGACAUUUCCGCCAAGCUCCUCAGUUAUCGAAACUUCAACACCAAGACCGAAGCCGUCAUCAGCCCACACUCCCUCCUCUUCACCCGCUCCGGCACCCACUUCCUUGCUGGCACCCAGGACUCCAUCUUCCUGUUCGACCUCCACAAUUCCUCCGGCCCAAUUGACGAGUUCCGCACGCACAGCAAACGCGAUCCACAGAGCUACAAAGGCAUCGUAUCCAGCCUCUCCAUCAGCUGCGACAGCAUUCUCGCGGCUGGCACAUGGACGCGCUACGUCGGCCUGUACGAAGCCGAAGGUAGCGGGAAUCCCAUUACUACAAUAUCCCUGCCCGGCGGCCCGAGCUGGAACCCCGGACACCGCGGGAAUGAUAAUGAGCUUGCUGGUGGUGGGAUUAGUGAGGUCAAAUGGUCGCCAUGUGGGAGGUACAUCUACGUUGCGGAACGCGACUCAGAUGUUCUGAUGUUCUACGAUAUCCGGAAUCUGAGCUUAGGGCUUGGAUACUGUAAAGGGCGGAACGCGCUUGCGAAGCAGAAACUCGGGUUUGGGGUCUGGACGGCUGCGGCUGCGGAUGAGGUGUUUGCGAGAGAAGGCGGGGUGGAGGUGUUGGCUGACAACGAGCGAGAGAACCUGGGUGUACGCACUGUUGACCAUGAGAUUUGGGCUGGUGGGAUAGAUGGCGUGGUGAGGGUUUGGCGCGAUCCGCAUCUCAGACAGGGCGCGUUGGAAGCAGAUCAGGUUUUGCAGGUGGGAGAGGACCCGGUGGUUGGGACGAUGGUGAAUGAGAAUGGGACGGCGAUGGCUGUGGCGAGUGGGAGGAGGGAGAGUGUGUUUCCAGAUGAGGAUGCGGAGGGAGAGGGAAGAUAG